ACGUAUAUUUUACUUCAAAUCUUUAUAAAUUAUGUCUGUUUCCAAAAAUUUUUAUUACGGCUUACAAUAAAUUUGUGAGUACAUAAAAUAACAAUGAAAUUGCAUAUUUUUUCAAUAUAUUUUGUUAUGGUGCUCACUUCAUUUUAUUUGAAAGUUGAAGUUGAUGGUGCUGGUUCUUCAAUUAAAUGUCCUAUUUGUAAGAAUACGAUAAGCGAAGAUAUUUAUGCACUACCAUGUGCACAUACAUAUUGUCGAGUAUGUAUAUUGCCAUGGUUACAAAGUAAUGAUACAUGUCCAGUAUGUCGAACUCGAGUCAUUGUCAACAGAGGUAAAAAUGAUAUCAGUGGUACUUCAUUUGGUAUAGGUGUUAGCAGUGGUACUGUAACUGGCGAAUGUGAUCGUCGUGGUACUUCAACUGGUAUAGGUGUUAGCAGUGGUACUGUAACUGGUACAGGAAUUAGCAGUGGUACUUCAACUGGCGCAUGUGAUCGUCGUGGUACUUCAACUGGUACAGGAAUUAGCAGUGGUACUUCAACUGGCGCAUGUGAUCGUCGUGGUACUUCAACUGGUAUAGGUGUUAUUAGUGGUACUGUAACUGGCGAAUAUGAUCGUCGUGGUACUUCAACUGGUACAGGAAUUAGCAGUGGUACUUCAACUGGCGCAUGUGAUCGUCGUGGUACUUCAACUGGUAUAGGUGUUAUUAGUGGUACUGUAACUGGCGAAUAUGAUCGUCGUGGUACUUCAACUGGUACAGGAAUUAGCAGUGGUACUUCAACUGGCGCAUGUGAUCGUCGUGGUACUUCAACUGGUAUAGGUGUUAUUAGUGGUACUGUAACUGGCGAAUAUGAUCGUCGUGGUACUUCAACUGGUACAGGAAUUAGCAGUGGUACUUCAACUGGCGCAUGUGAUCGUCGUGGUACUUCAACUGGUACAGGAAUUAGCAGUGGUACUUCAACUGGCGCAUGUGAUCGUCGUGGUACUUCAACUGGUAUAGGUGUUAUUAGUGGUACUGUAACUGGCGAAUAUGAUCGUCGUGGUACUUCAACUGGUAUAGGUGUUAGCAGUGGUACUGCAACUGGUUAGAACUACAUUACUAACAAUUUGUUAUUUUCGAAUAAAAAAUUAUUCUUAAUUUAUA